AAGGUGCAGCUUUGUGGAAAAAACUUCAAGAAAAAAAACAAAGAACUGGAGAUAAAAAUAGACACUGAAGAGGAGGAAAUCUACUUUGAAUGCCCACAACCACAGUACUUGGAAGCGACUAUGAAAUUCCACAAACAGUAUUCGGGCAUGGUUGAAAAAAAAUUGAGCCUGUCAAAAAAUAUUUUGGAAAUUUUGUCUUUAGAUGAAGGGCUGGAGAAAGUCAAAUAUGAAUUAGAGAAAAACAAUGUGGAGGCUGUUUUCGUGAUCGAUAGCGAGGCUUGGAUCAUAGGAACGUCAGUUGCGCAUGCAGACAAGGCUGCCAGUCUUGUAGGUAAGAUGACUUCGGAAGUGAAAGUCCGAGUGGAUGCCAACAGUCAGCAUCUUUUAAAAACCACAGAAUGGCGCGAACUGUGUGAGCAACUCAACACCAUCUCAACUGUCCGGGUGUAUCGGAACAACUGGAAUGACACCUACGUAUCCGGGUUCAAAGAAGAUGUACAUGAAGCAAUGAAAACGCUAACUACGUAUCUAGAUGAUUACUGUAUCCGAGAAGAGCAAAUGAAAUGUUCUUCUAAGUUAGUCCGAAAAUAUCUCUCUGAGCUUCGUCAAGAUGACUUGUCUUCAAUUGAAGUUCAACUAAAGGAUUUUGAGGUCAAGAUUCAAACAGGAAGAGGAGAUGAGGAAUUUGUCAUUGGGGGAAACAAAGAGGGGAUAAAACGAGCGAAAAGAAAGCUGCAAGACCUCGCAGAUAGUACCGAAUGUGAGAUUUUCGACGUGAAACAGCCAGGACUUAAGAAACGUUUUGCCAGUGGAAACGGCGAGACCCUUGUAUCAACUGUGGCAAAAGAUCACGCAUGUGUUAUCCAGGUCCAGAAACAAUUUGAUGUGCAGACUCCUGUCAAAAAAUCUGAUUCAUCAAAAAAUGAUAGUGAGGAAGAGGAUAUGGCGGCUGCAGCCAGCAGCGCUGUUCCUUCCACUUUUGUCAUGGGAUGUGGGCACAAAAUUUCGUGGAAAUCAGGAAACAUCGUAGCGCAGCAGGUCCGUUCGGUGCCCUAAAUACUAGUAUAAACUAUAGAUUAUUUCCGUGGGCUGUUUGAAUUAAAAAAGGAUUGAAUUGACCUUGGCUGUAAAAUAAAUAACUUCUCUUCUCAGUAUUUUCACGUUGAAAGCUUUGUUCUGCUGAAAACGUAAAUGGGUUUUCAGAUUGUUGCGAAGGAGUAAUUAGUUAUCCGUAUUUAAGAAUAGCCCCCUCAUCGUACAUUAUUUCAUUCCCUGUCAGUAUAAAACCGACUACCCAUUUAUGAUCCAUCAUAGUCUUCAUAGACUAAAGCAAGCCAUUUAUCAACAUUUUACACGUAACCAUACUACCCGAAAAAAGGAGUGGGUUUUCUUAAAUUAUAAUACGUUAUGUGUGGGGUUUGCCGUUGAAGCCUGGAGUCCUUAGUCUUUUUCACUCGAUCAGUAUCUGUAACUUUGCUGUCCUACUCUUUUUCAAGGAUCCAAAAUGCCCAACCUGUCCCAGACUUACUAUAUGAACCAGGAACGCCUGAUCGCUUACACGGCUCAUCAAUUUUCCAUUAAUGAUAUCCUAUUCUAGGGCAAAAUUCCCUGAGUUUUGUAGUAAGGCUAUCCCAGACUAAUUUGCAUGAAAUUACAAUUGCACCCUAGCUUCCGAGCGACACAAAUCUAUUUUCCCAAAUAUGGCAGUAACGUUUGUUGUAUUGUUUUUAGCUAAAAUAUCUGUCUGUGUGACGUCCAGUUAUAACUGGCCAUCGCCAAUCGCAACAGAUACAGUCGAUUCCCGCGAAUUCGAACCUUUAAUGGGAAUAGAAAAAGGUUCGAGUUAUCAGGAGUUCGAGUUAUCGAGGGUAAAAUUAUAUAGAAAAUGAUCUGAAGGGAAAGAAAAUUGCUUCGAGUUAGCUGCAAGUUGGAGUUAUGGAGGGUUCGAGUUACCGGGAGUGGACUGUAGAGGCAAUCCAGUGUACCUAAUUAAACGUGCAUGCUUACGUCGCUGUUAUUGCUAGUAUGGUACUGCAAGGCUAAAGUAAAGACAGAUGCCCAACCUUGAAUGAUAUCGCGGAGCUUUUUAGCCUUUAUGAACUCUCUUUUUUGUUUGACUUUAAUUUCAGGCCGACAUGCUGGUCAGUUCACAAGGUGCAUGCUCCCAGGCGAUCGUCAAUGUGGGUGGGCAGGUAAUGAGGCAAAACUUGGUAACACCAAACACGGGUGACAUCGCAGUUACUCCUGGAUAUAACCAGGCCUGUAAUCACGUAAUCCAUACGAACUGUUCCAAGUGGCAUGGUGGAACGGGGGAGCAGGUAAGGGAUAAUUGGAACCCUAACUUAUUCUAAUGAGCAUUAUAAGGCAUUCAGAUUCAGAUUGUUUAUCCGUACAAAACCAAUAAUUGUCAAUCGUGCAGUCAUGGUUCAUGUUUUAUUUAAGGUAUUACGAGGCAUUAUCCAAAUGUGUCUUCAGAAGGCGGAUGAACUCGGAGGACCAUCAAUAGUCUUUCCAGUCAUAGGCACUGGGAAGCUCUACUUUCCUCAAGACAUAGCUUCCAAGAUCAUGUUGGAAGAAACCAUCAACUUUUGUCAAAAUAAUCCGUCAUCUGUCGUAAAAGAUAUUCGAUUUGCCGUGUUUCAGCAAGAUCAGGCUUUAACCGCUGCAUUUGCGCAAGAGUUUGAUAAAUUGCAAUCCAAGUACAGAAUUCGUCCCGGAUACACUAUGGGUGGUUUUUUAAGGAAUCUACGGUCCAAAUUAGGAAGAGUCCAUCAGAGCCCAGCAAGGCCAGCCGUCGGUGUUAGUGUGGAAGUUUUGCAAGGAAAUCUGUGCCAGGAGGCAACAGAUGUCGUUGUUAACCUCAACAGCAAAGAUAUGAAUAUGGAUAGCGCCGGAGCAUUGAGCAAGGCGGUGAAAAAGGCGGCUGGUCGAGUUGUUCAAGACGAGUGCUAUCAACUGGGACAUCAAACAGGUGGAUCAGUGGUAGUUACCAGGGGUGGAAAUCUUACAGCCCGUAAUAUCAUCCACUUGAUACCAGAUACUGCCGACAAAAAUCACUUGCAACAAUGCUUGGAAAAGUGUCUUGGUUUUCAGUCCAUCUCAUUUCCAGCGGUAGGAACGGGAUCUUUUCACAUGUCAGGGGCUGAUUCAGCCAGCCUAAUAUUUCAAGCUCUCAGUAAUUUUAGUGUUCGUUUCAGCGUCAUCAAAAAAGUUAGAACCGUGGUGUUCCAAGCGCCUAUGCUUCAGGCAUUCCAACGAGAACAGCAGUGUCAUCCGCUGUAUUCUAUUCAGGGCCAUGUCUUUAAACCUAUGGCCAGGCAGGGCCUAGCCUAUCCACGUGCUAGUAGGCAGAGAGGCGUGAAUAUUAAAGUAGUAAGUGGUGAUUUUACAAAAGAGAACACAGACGCCAUUAUGAACAUUAACAGCACUGACAUGAACAUGAGCAACGCUGGUGAUCUAAGCAAAGCUAUCUUAGCAGCUGGUGGUAUGCAGAUCCAACAAGAAUGCAGUCAAUAUAGCAAUCAACCUGCUGGGACAGCGGUGAUGACUGGUAGUGGAAAUUUAGCAGUACGCCAUAUAAUCCAUAUUAUUCCAGGUAUUGGCUGAGUUUUAGUUAUUUGAUGUUGUUACGCAGGAAAUUCGGCCUCCAAUAGACCAUGCAACGUAUUGUCGACCCUUAAAAAUGAUAAAAUCUACAAAAGAAAAAGACGAUUACGGAAUUUUUCUAAUUAACCACUGUCACAUUACCCAAAUACACCUCAAUGCGAAAGUGGCCAAUUAUAGUGUAGCGAUAUUCUCUCAGACUCCUCACGGGCAAUGUAACCGUUACAAAAGAAGUUGCCCGUGGAGGAGGUUAUAGUCAGGGAUAGUAGGGGGAUCGAAAUACUCGAGUGCGCUUGAAAAUUGGGCCCCACGAGAAAGUUGACACAGUACGGGAAGACAGGACUGAUAGAAACCGUUGAGCUACUUGUAAUCUCGUUUACUCCUAUCGCCAAUUGUAGUCCAACGAUGAAACAUUCCAAACCUUCAGUUUUCUUGCCGCUCUUGAGUGUAAAAUUCAAGAACAUUAUGUCACUUUUUUGUUCAUUAUUAAAUGUCAAACUUAUUUUCAUUUUUGACUUGCAGCCUCCCAAGAUAAACAGCAUCUUCAGACAAGUUUGGAAGCUGGCCUUCGUCUAGCAGAUCAAAACAAGCUUCAAACAAUAUCAAUUCGAUGUGUAGGCACUGGUGGAUUUGGUCUGACGGCAGCGGACUCUGCUCAGGUAACAUUCCAAGCUCUCAGCUCCUUAAGAGGAAGUUGUCAAAACCUUCGCAACGUGCGUGUCGUUGUCUUUCAAGCUCAAAUGGUUCAGGAAUUUUGUUGGCGCAACAGAGACAGGCAAUGCAGGAUAUGGAUGAACAAGAGAGUGACUCCACUGCAGAUGAUGAAGUUGCUGAGAGGCCCAGAAUUGCUAAUCAAAGAAAAAAUACCGCAACUAAUUCGAGUUCAACAAGUGACCAUUCUGUGAAAAUCUUAGUGGUUGGGAAGGAUAGAGGAAGCGUCGGUAAAGCAGUAGGCGCUUUGAAGAAACGUUUCCCCGAAGCUUGCACUACUCAAAAAGUCGAAAAUGAAACCGUCAGCAAACUGUCACCAAAGCAAAUUAACAAUCUCAGAAGGAAAGCCAAAGAACUUGACGUCAAACUCGAAAUUGAGGGUGAUGUUGAUCGCAUUGUGGUGAAGGGUGGCCCAGUUGAAGUGCCUGUCAUGGUCGGGGAGAUUUGGCAGGAGAUUAACGAGAGAAAUAAGAAGAUACAGGAGGAGGAGCAAGCAAUGAUGCUUUCAAAGAGCGUAGAAUGGAGUUAUGAAAUACAAGGCGGGAAAAUGGUGUUUAGCCAGAAGGCAAAAGGAAAGCUUGAGAUGGCACACAUCAAAGAACAACCAACAGUACAAAUAUCUCUGCUAGGUGAUAAAUUUAACAUUGAUUUGAAAAAUAAAACGGGCCGCGGACAGCAGAAUGGUAAAACAAUUACAGUAAUCAGAAAGGUCAAGGGAGCUGAAGAAGGUUAGCACAUUCAAACACGGGAACAUAUUAAAUAAGCUAUACAAUACACUGCUUAAGUAGGGAACUGAUACAAUCAUUUCUGUAUUUGAUGCCCGACGAUAGAAAAUUCACCAAAGUCACUAGGACGAAGAUACCAGAUCGCACCUAAUCUUUUUAAGGAUAUCCGCAAAACACAGGGUGGCAUCUGGUUAGGAGGAAGCCACUUACCAAAUCUUUGAAAGGCCUUAUUUGCCCAUGAACAGAGGUUAAUCCUUACAGCAUAGAAUGAAUUGAAGCGAGACCGUUUUCCACUGCAGAGAUCUGGGGCCGGUGGCUGAUAUAUUCCUUCAACGCUUCUCAAUGUCAGCCAAAAUCCCCACUGACGUCCCUGAUUUUCACGGACGUCCAUCACGGGGUAUCCAGGCGAACUCCCAUGGGCCUCAACCGUUAUCCUUUUGGCUAUCUAAAUGUAAAAUCAAGAGUUCUAGUAGUCUUUUUUUUUAUAAUACCACUUAUAAUAAAUAAAACAGACAAGGUGGGGUAUUCCUACUGUGAAAUUUUCCAUCUCAUAGCAUCCUUAGAUUCUCUUCGACGUACGGCCAAUUGAAAACUCCCUAAACCAGUAAUGUUACUUUCCCAAAGCAAAAUAAUAUUAAGAGCACUGAUUCUUUGUCCUAAAGGAACGUCUUUUCCGAGCACGUGAGCUCCAAUGCCACGCCCUGAUAUGGAAGUACAUAUUGUGACUCUCGCACCGGUCUCCUCUGAGUAUCAAAGUGUCCUGAGCAAAUUUCAAGCAACCGCUAGGGGAAUGCAUAUCCAGAAAAUUGAGCGAAUUCAAAAUCCUCAUCUUUACAAGCAGUACGUGCUACGAAAGCAGAAGAUGGAUAAAGACAAUGGAGGAAACAAUGAACGACAGCUGUUUCAUGGAACCGACGCUAGAAAUAUAAGUGCUACAAACACACAGGGAUUCAACAGGAGCUUUUGUGGGGCACAUGGUAAGUUACAACCGCUGAAAAGCAUUGUGUACUCGUAUAUUAUCAUGAGUCAGACUAAGUAUAGCAGUACCACUGUAUGUUUACAUACACAUGCACUAUUCAGAACUGACUCGACGGGUACAAUUAUAGGCACUUUUAAAGUACCCUUAAACGAUAUGAUUUAAGACAUGUAUUCCCAAGGAGAGAUAGGCUAGUUAUGUAUUCUACAACUUGAAGUAGCAUUUUGAGUGUUUGUAGGGUACUUAGUUGUUGUAGACGUCGUCAUAACGCAAUCGAAUUAGACACUUUCAAGUAGAGGUUUAAUUUGUGACUGUUCGAACAAAGGAAUGCCGUGACUUCUAGAACUAUCUCAUUAAUCGCUGUUUUGUUUGUUUUUUUUUUCUAGGAACUAAAUAUGGACGCGGUGUGUAUUUUGUCAGAGAUGCUUCUUACUCAGCUGGAUAUGCAGGAAGUGGGAUUGGGGGCCGCUUUAUGUACCUUUCCCGGGUCCUGGUUGGGAAAUAUUGUGCAGGCAACUCUAGUAUGAUCGUUCCACCACCAAAGGACCGUUACAGACCAGAGAUUUUGUACGAGUCAGUGGUUGAUAACCCAGCAAAUCCGUCCAUCUUCGUUGUUUUCUACGAUACUCAAUGUUAUCCUGAAUAUCUCAUAACCUUUUAA